CUCAAGUUCACGAAGAAGGACGGGCAGUGCGCUCCGUGCCCGGCGGAGGCUCUGCGCGGCGCGCUCGCCGGGUUCGCACGGCGCGCAGACGCGUAGCUCGAUGAAGAAUCGAUUGUCCAGGGCUGUGGGCCAGGCACCUGUGGAUGAAGCAUACAGCUCGCUGGUCACUGCUGCAUCUGAAAACGAUCUGGAUGUGAAAUGGCAUUUCCGACGGCUAGACCCCUCAGAAGCGGAUAUCUACCUGGACGCCCUCUUUGGACCGAUGUAUUUCAAAUACGAGCGCUUUCAGAAGGAGAGGACGUGCCAAACACGCUUCUCGGAUUAUAUGAUGGUGAGCCUCUUUCUGCUUCUCAACGCAGUCUUGCAAAUGGCCAUUGCCUUUAAGAUCGACCAGGUCGCACUGAGAACCUAUGGAGAAGUGGGCCACGCCUUAUUUAACGGGGCCUGUUGGAGAGUGUCAGCUGCGCAGCAGUUCGUUGGACUACUCUACCCUGAGGACUUCAAAGAUUCUUCAGACUUUGACUGCACCCAGCCUCUCUUGACGCUCUCCAUGCUUCCAGACAAGCUGGAUCUCAACAAGGAUGGCUACUGGUCAGUGGAUGAGGCCUACAAAAUGAGCAAGGAGCUUCAUGACAGAGGCAGCCGCAUGGGUGCAAAUCUCACAGAGAAUUUGAUGCAUAUGGCCAAGUACGAUGUGAAGCACCGUGCUGGCUCCAAGAGUGACCUCAGCAAGCAUCAAUUGGACAUGGAUUUCUUCCAACACUUUCGAGGGAAGAUCGAGAUGUGUCUGCCAGUUGACCCGAAGCUCUGCGGUAACCUGGAGGCUGACGGGAAGUUGGCCAAGAUGCUGCCUGAGCGGGAUGAUGGACAAGAACGUGUGGAGGAGUGUCGCGAAAACUUCGGCUCCUUCUGCACGAAGCUCUUUGGUAACGACUAUGAGUGGAUUCACUAUGCGACCUCCGAGCUCUGUGGUCACAGCAAGUUCGAACGGAAGAGCGGCAUCAAUGUGGCGGUCUACGAAGCCGUGAGUACCUACAAGGGGGAGCCGGAUUCGAUCCUGGGGACGACCUUCGUGUCAUUCCUGGUCUUGCUGCUCUUCAUUUGGGGCAUGCUGAUGAUCAAAGAGUUUCUAUAUAUCUACAAUUUCAUGUACGUGGUUUGGUACAUGCCCAGCACCACCGAUGAUGACGAGAACUUUGCCUCUGUGGUGGAUGGAAAGAUCCUGGUGAGGAAGAUGCCAAGUAUGCACAAGAUCUUUGGCUUAGUCUGCGUGGCUCUUCCAAGGCUUGUGAUCGCAGUGGUCAUUUUGACCGUGGGUGCAAGCUUCUUGAGCGCCACUAACAACUUGCAGGACCUGGUGUUGAACAGUACAGCUUUGUGCUUCUUGAUUGAAGUCGACAACAUGAUCCACGCGUCCUUCCUGGGGGAGAACUUUGAGAAGCAUGUGACGGACCAGUGUGAUGCGAUCAAAGUUCCCUCCAGUUCCUCUGGAACCUGGCAGCCUUAUCUGUUCUUGGCCGUGGCAUUGUUCACCACGGCCGGAUGGACCGGUUGGUCCUACUUCAAUCGCAGAGGCCUGGCGGCCAUUGGCACGGGGAUGGAAUGCCUCUGCCACUUUGCGGGUGAUUGCUAUGCCAGUUCCUUCGUGUCAACGUCCUGAUCCGCCGAAACUGGGUGGUCAGAAGUGGAUGGCGGCUUCAGUGAAGUGAAGCGGAUAGAAACAUGACAAGAUAGGAAACUGUUUGGUGCAGAGAUUGACCCAUUGAAGCCACAGCCGAAGAAUACCUGAGGAGUUGGUGGGUGUGUCAAGAGGAUCCAUUUGUGCCCAGUCACUCAUGAGGAGUAUCAGACAUACCCUCCACAUGGCACAAGUUUCCAGUGGUUUCCAGCUUUAUGCCCGGAACGUUUCACCGUAUUUUGCCAGCCUACUCCAAUUGAGCCUAGGCUUUUGUUUCAAAGUGGUUCAGAUGACUCGUGCUGGAA